AUGCAGCAUUAUUCCGGCAACGAACACUAUUACGAGAGGGAACCUCUGGAUCCCGCCUACGACAAUCGCUACAACACACCAAGCCGACCCCAAUACAACGAAUACAGCCAGGAAUCGCCCUACCACGACGAGUCGCCUGGCCGUACGCCAGAGCCUUCUGCUGCUCAGUACGACCAGAGAGGCUACGACAACAUGUCGGCCCACGAAGCACCUCAGCCCCCUCCGCACAUGAAUCUUCACUCUCACAGCAGCUCGGCCUCGCGCCAACCCAUCGACGACUAUCGUCAAGCCCCCAGCGGCGCACCCGGUCCUGACAGCUACGGCCAUGCGCACCCCGGCGUCAUGGCCGCCGGUGCAUACAACCCCGGCGAUUCUCUCCGCAGCACCGGGCAAGUUCUGCCCCCGCCUUCGCGCGCACAGUACCAAAACAGCCUCCCGGGCAACUCGUCACCCCGCCACAGCCAACACAGUGGCCCCUACGCAGCCAGCUACGGCGUGGAUGGCGAUUCACGCUCCACUGUCAACCCCUUUGGCACUGUUGCCUCGUCCUCUGUCGGCUCCAGAUCCCCGUCUAGAAGUCCUAAUGUCUCGGCCGACCACUACGGUGCUGCGCCAGCAGCCUACUACAACCACUCCGCCUCAUCUCGACGAGACGUCCCCGCUCUAGGCAUGGUUGAUCCCAUGUCCAUCGAAGAUGACGGCGAUGAUGGCCUUCACUACGGCCCCAAGAGCCAUAGAAAUUCCGCCAACAGCGGCAACAAACGAGCUGUUCCCGCUGCCAUUGGCGCAGCGGCCGGAGGAGCCACAGCCAUAGCGGCCGAGCAUGACACUCGUGGCUUCUACGAAACUCCCAAGCGCGAACGACCCUCAGAUUGGCUCGAGAAGAAGCAAGGCCACUCCAAGAAAUGCAAGUGGGCCAUUAUUGUUCUCAUCUUCCUCGUUAUUGCCGGAGCCAUCGUCGGCGGUGUCGUCGGGACCCUCGUCGCCGGCAGAAAGAAUGGCGACAACAGCAAAGGCUCAAGCGGCGGUGGCACCAAUGACGAUAAGAGCGGCGACCUCAGCAUUAACAGCGACGAAAUUAAAAAGCUGCUCAAUAACAAAAACCUCCACAAGGUCUUCCCCGGCAUGGACUAUACCCCGAUCAACGUGCAGUAUCCCGAUUGCCUCCACACCCCGCCUUCCCAGAACAACGUCACCCGCGACGUCGCCGUGCUCAGCCAACUGACCAACAAGAUUCGACUGUACGGAACCGACUGCAACCAGACGCAGAUGGUUCUGCACGCCAUUGACAAGCUGCAGAUGAAGAAGGACCUCAAGGUCUGGCUCGGCGUCUGGCAAGACGGAAACACGACGACCAAUACCCGUCAGCUGUCUCAAAUGUGGGAUAUUCUAGACGAGUACGGCGGUGAUCAGUUCGAGGGCGUUAUUGUCGCCAACGAAAUUCUGUUCCGCAAGGAAAUGACGAUUAACCAGCUCUCGACAAUUCUGACAGACGUCCGCACCAACCUGACGAAGCGAAGCAUCACCCUCCCCGUUGCCACGUCGGAUCUUGGCGACGACUGGACAGCCGAGCUGGGCAAGGACUCUGACCUCAUCAUGGCCAACAUUCACCCCUUUUUCAGCGGCACGCCCGCUGACGAGUCGGCGGCAUGGACGUAUUCCUUUUGGCAAAACAAGAAUGGCCCCAUGUGGAAGAGCGACAAGAAGAUGAAUGUCAUUUCCGAAACUGGCUGGCCGUCGGGUGGCGGCUCCAGGUGUCCGACGGACAACCCCCAGUGCACCAACCCUGCCAAGGCUGGCGUCGAUGAGAUGAACCGCUUCAUGGCCGACUGGGUGUGCGAUGCCCUCACCAACGGCACCAACUACUUUUGGUUCGAAGCCUUUGACGAACCGUGGAAGUCCCGCUUCAACACGGGCAAGGAAAACUGGGAGGACAAGUGGGGUCUGCUCGACGUGAAUAGAAAUCUGAAAAAGGGCGUCAAGAUUCCCGACUGCGGAGGCACAACAGUAUAA